AUGGGAAUUUUAGCUCGUCGUAGAAAUCAUAAAUCACCCACAGAAAAAUCUAAAUUAAGAGGGGCUGGAGAAGGAGGGUAUAUUGCGGAGUUUAUUACUCAAGUUCUUAAACAUCUUUUACCUGAUUUAGUUAAAUAUAACAUUAAAGUUAUUACAAAUGCAGGAGGUUUAGAUCCUUUAGCAUGUAAACAAGCGAUAGAAAAUGCCAUUAAUGAAAGUGGAAUAGAAGAUGGUCAAUUAAUUGUAGCGGCAAUAACAGGAGAUGAUAUAUUAAAUUAUAAUGAAGAAUUUAAACAAAAAGGAGAUGUAUAUGAAUUUACACAUAUAAUUGGAAAUGAUCAAGAUUCGGACAAUUUUCCAAGCGAAGAAAAAGAAGUUAUUUCACUUAAUGCAUACCUUGGAGCUAUACCCAUAGCAAUGGCGCUUGACUCCGGUGCGAAUAUUGUGGUUACGGGUAGAUGUGUGGAUAGUGCUUUAGUUGUUGGACCAUUAAUAAAUGAAUUUAAGUGGGAUCCACAUAAAGAUUGGGAUAAACUUGCAUCAGGUUCAUUGGCUGGUCAUAUUAUUGAAUGUGGUUGUCAAGCUACGGGUGGUAAUUUUACUGACUGGGAGAAAAGCGCAUUUUCCGAGCAUGGAGGGUGGACAAAUAUGGGUUAUCCCAUUGUUGAAUGUUUUGAGAAUGGAGAUUUUUAUAUUACUAAACCAAAAGAAACCGGAGGUUUGGUCACUACUGCUACCGUAGGAGAACAAAUGCUUUAUGAAAUUUUAGAUCCUGGAUCAUAUAUCUUGCCUGACGUUGUACUAGAUAUAAGAAAUGUUAAAUUGAAACAAAUUGAGAGAAAUAAAGUUUUAGUUACAGGGGCUAAAGGGAGACCUCCUACUGAAUAUCUAAAAGUAUCAGGAAUUUAUUUGGAUGGUUAUAAAAUGACUGGUUCUCUGCUUAUCGGAGGAAUUGAUGCUUUGAAGAAAGCAUCAGUUGUUGGACUUUCAAUUAUUACGAAAACUAACAUAAUGUUAAACCAACUUGGGUUGGGAGCUUUUCGUAAUGUAAAUGUUGAACCGUUAGGAGCUGAACAUACUUAUGGACCUCAUACAAGAACUCAAGAUACGAGAGAAGUUGUUUUAAAUCUUACAGCUGCUACUUGUAUGGCUCCCGGAAUUACAGGAGGUGGAUCAGGAAGACCUAAUCCUUCACCAUGUCUAGUACACUUUUCUUGUCUUGUUCCGAAGGGUGUUGUUUUUGCUUAUUUAAAAGCUGGCAAUGAUGCGGUGGUAAAAACCAUCCAAUUUGAAGGACCUAUAAACAAUGAUAGUAUUAUACCGCCUUUAUUAUUUAAAAAUUUUGAUAAUGAAGUUAAUGAAAUGAAGACAAUUGAAAGUAAUGUUAAUGUAAGUGGUGGUACCAUCAAAGUCCCUUUAAUAAGGUUAGCAUGGGGAAGAAGCGGUGAUAAAGGAGAUACCUGUAAUAUUGGUAUUAUAGCUAGGGAACAAAAAUAUUAUCCACUUCUUAAAAAGAUAUUGACUGAAGAGGAAGUCAAGUAUUUUAUGACACAUUUAUGUAAAGGUAUAGUAAAAAGGUACGAAUUACCGGGUUGUAAUGGAUUAAAUUUCGUAUUAACUAAAUGUUUAGACAAGGGAAAACAUACGCUCAAAUGCUGCUUAGUUAUGAAAUAG